GGCGCCUUGGUAGUGUUCGGCAUAGUCUCAGUGUAGCUGGAGACUGCGCAAUACGAUCCCAGCCACAAAAAUAGUGUUGUGCUCGCCGGUUGUAUUAGGAGAAGUGCUCUGAUGCUGCGUGGCUGAGGUUAUUGACCGGGCGGCCAUUCGCUACCGUUUUUUCUUGCAACAUUCACUCGGUUUUCGAUCUACACGAUAUUACUUCUUCUUAUUAGUGGUUCAACAUUCCACUCAAGCUCGAACAACCGGGCGUAUCGAAUUCGAGACGAGAAUGGCAGCCAAGAAAAAGCAGAAAAAAGUAAAAGCUCCGGUGACGUCAGCAGUUGAGAAAAAAACGAGUGAGCCUGAGAAGGUGGAAUCUGAAACGUGGAAACGCAUAAAAACCAUCGUACAUAAUCACGUGGUGCCGCCAUUAUUUCUGGUUUUCUUUACUCCUAUCGUUCAGGUUUUGGCAUUCAAAGCCAUCCCUGACAUUCCGUUUGAAUGGGACAGAGUUCUUGGAAAUGUCUACUCGUGGAAAGUCGUCAUCAUUUUUCUCAGCUGGGCUUUGAUGUUUUUGCUCAUUUCGGAUCGUACUUUCAAAGGGCCACCUACUUCAGUUGGCUACGUACCCGUCUACGCUGAUAAUGGAUUGUUCUAUUAUGCAACCACUUUUAUUACGUAUUUGGGACUGCACAUCGUUUAUCCCAACUUAUCACGAGACAUCUACGAUAACAUGCCCUACAUUCUUGGCUCGUUAAAUAUUGUCGCCCUCGCGUUAUGCCUCAUUCUCUUGAUUAUGGGCAAAUGGCGACCUCAAACUUCUGAACGGAUGCCAAGUGCACCGAUAUUAUUGGAAUUCUAUCGCGGUAUGGAGAUCCAUCCACGUUUAUUUGGAGUGGACGUCAAACAAUGGACGAAUUGCCGUGUCGGAAUGAUGGCCUGGCAAAUUCUCAUCGUCGCCUUUUUGAUUGCCGGUGGACGAAAUAACAUCAAUCCAGGCCAUCUGGCCAACGUAGUCAUCCAGACGUUCUACAUAACGAAAUUCUUUUACUGGGAGACGGGCUAUUUCAACACGCUGGAUAUCACGUUGGACAGAGCUGGAUACUAUAUUUGUUGGGGAUGCCUCGUCUGGGUGCCUGGAUUUUAUACUUAUUCCAGUUUCUACCUGGUGGCACAUCCCUCCAUGCUCUCUGAGCAAGCGGCCUUCCUCGUCGCAGUGUUAGGAUUGUUCAUUGUAUCGGUGAACUACCGUAUCGAUUAUGAAAAGCAACUCUUCCGGGCAACUAACGGAAACUGUCUUUUAUGGGGCAAACCAGCUAAAGCAAUGGCAGUUCGCAACCAAAUUGCUAACCGCCCAUCAACUUUAUUGCUGUCCGGAUUUUGGGGCGUUGGUCGGCAUUUAAAUUAUACCUUUGAAAUAAUUGCCGCGUUCCUGUGGUGCUUCCCCGGCUAUGGUCUUGGAAUCUGGCCAUUCCUCUACUUCUUUUUCCUGAUUGGAUUGCUUGUGCAUCGCUGCUACCGUGACGAGGAAAAAUGUUCCGCCAAGUACGGCCAUUUUUGGAAGGACUAUUGCAAACGGGUUCCCUACCGAAUGAUUCCGUAUGUUUUCUAAACACACACACACACACCACAAACCUAGAUAUUUACAUUGUCUCAAAAUCAAAAGUGUUCCUUCAAUAUAUGCAUUGUGCACAGCA